AUGCUCAUGCUGGACCGCAGGCAGGACAGAGAACCGAGGCCCAUGACGCAGUUUCAACCCAACCCCGCUCCCAACGCUAUCGCCUCGCAUUCGGGCCUCGCAUCGGGUGCAGUUGGACUUCAACCCGACGCCACUCGCUAUGCUAACGCCUCGCACUCGGGCCUCGCAUCGGUGUUUGUCGGAGUACUUUGUUGGUGUCCUUCCAGUCUCCCACUGUCAAGCCCUCCACAUCCACCACCAAGCGGCACGCAAUCGCAGCCUGCCAGGCCUGUUGGGGGGUGUAAAGAGUUGAGCGUUCCAUCUGGAACAAAUCUGGACGACGUAUGCUUAGCCUCAGUGGAUCGUAACAACAAGGCUACUCUACCACGUACAGCACCCAGUCGUGCAAUUAAGUCGUCUGCAAAGGAUUUAUCCCUGCGCAUUGUCAAAUUGCCAUACGACGGCGAGGGCCUCGGGCUCUUCCGCCCAAGACCCCGGUGCCGUCCUUCUGCGAUUCAGGGCCAGAGGCCUAUUCGUAUCCGACUAUGA